AUAGGGCAAAACCAAUUUAAAAAAAAAAGAGAGGUUAGUUUUGUGUUUGACUUUAAGUUGUAGGUCAAUUUUGCAAAAAUCCCUAAAAUAUAAUGGAAAAUAUCAGAAAAUGAUCAUUGAGCUUGCUAUCAACUUAUUUAAAUAUUUUAAUUUAUUUAAAGACCUAGACCAAAAGUAUAAGUUUACAAUUGAUGACUUAUGUUCUUUCCAGACGAUCAUAAUCUGCGAGCUAUAUAUGAUCCUUCUCUUUUGGCAACGAUAUCCAGUCUUGAUGAAUCCUAAGUUGAUAAUAUUUUGUUUAUUAACAAUUUUACAUUAAAAAAAAAAACUUAAGGAACUGGUCAACAACGGCAGUUCAGUGAUCGAGGAGACCUAGCUAGAUAUUCAACAUAUUUUUCUGUGGAAUACCUCAUUUUAGUUGUGACAUCUAACUAUCAAAACCAAAAGAUUGCGGUCACAUAUGAAGGUCUUCAAUCUGAUAAUUUAGGUUUUAAUAAAUACAAAGCGUUAGUCAGCAGCCGAGGUGGGGGAAACGAGAAAUGAGUGAUGAGUAGUGAACCACACGCUUUCAAUAAGAUUAGUAAUUAACCAUAGCUAGAGAAGAGCCGAUCCAGAGACACUACAUGUGACGAUGAGAAACCACCAAGAGUUUAUAUAACAUUUUUCGUUCUUCCAUGCUGGUUUGGCAUUUUUCACUUUAUUUUUCUCUAUCCUAAAACUCAUCCACAUUCUUUUUGUGAGUUCGUGAUUCUGUCUCCUGUACAAUUCAAAUCGAUCCAUCCACACAUACUCUUCAAACAAAACAAGAUACUUGUUGUCUUUAUCAAUGUAAUUCAUAUUCGUAGAUAAUCUACAACCACUCAUAAUAGAGAAUAUACAAAAUAAAAUCGAAGUAGAAAACGGCAACGGCAAUUGGAAUCUAGUGUGAGCUCCCGCCGGAAAAAUAGAAGUUGAGGAACGAAGAAGUGUAGUUGAUUGCGAAAAGUGAGGUUAAAAUGUAAGAAAAGAGUUGAAACUUAAUAGUCAUGACAAAAUAUAUUGCGUACGUCCAUGAAAUUGUGUGAAUUGCUCCACCCCAGGCUCUGAUAACGACAAUCAAUCUUUACGUUUCGAAGUACAGCUUUUUACUAAAUUACAAUUAUGGAGUUCAUAAAAUCCCAUGUCCCAACCAUUUGACGAUAUUUUUUUAAUUAGUUCCUUGAUUCUUUAAUCCUUUAUAUAAGGACCAAUAUCUAGUUGACAAGUCGCAAAAUGAGCUCAUGUAUCAAAAUAAUUGGAACAAAAAAAAGCACAAGCCUAAGGAAUUAGUCUAUGGUUUAAGUAUUGGGCCGGCCCAUCGAGAAGCCUAUCCAAGUUUUGGCCUAGUAUGAUUACAAAAGUUCGAAAGCAUGAGCCAAUAUACGUUCCUCUUAUAAGGUGGGACCGUGGGAUCAAACCUAUAAACAUUUUUUUGAAGAAAAUUUUACAUUCACACGUACUUUUUCCUUCUUCCAUAUCACCUAGACAUACUCUCUACAUGUGGAGUACUUUAGUGUAGUCAAAUGACUGAACUACCCUAAAACCAUGACUACUCUAGUUAACUCUUCUUACCAUAGUUAAAUUUAUUAUUUUUUACACACAACCCAAUUUACCUAUUUACCAAGUUUUAUUUUCUCCUCCCUCUCUCUCGUCUCCUGCUUUUCACCAACCCUAAUUGUCGCUGAUUUUCCUUCCCCGCCACAUCUCUACGUCGACGGUUUAACCCUAGCCGAGAUCCUCUCAAAUCUCCGAUUACUCAACACAAUCCUCUCAGACAAUCUCAAAUUACUAUAUCCUCUAAAAAAUCAUAAAUGUCGUUGAUUAAUCUCUCCUUGCUGCAGCUCUAGUUUCACCCGGUCUUGUUCGUCGAUUCUCCGUCGAUACGAAGUUAGAAGAAGUACAUGUAUAAAAUGGUGAUGUUAUAACGGAAGGUGAUGGCGUGACUAAUUGGUGGUGGUGGCGUGACGAAUCAUUGAUCUCCUCGUUGCCGGUGGCAGAGCGUGAAGGAGGAGCAGAAAAGCUUGAUGGUGGAGGACGAGACAUGACGUGGUCAAGCUGGACUGGUGGUGCUGUUAGACAGAGAAGUCGCCGGAGUGACCACACCAACUUUGACCAUAACCAAAAAAUGUGCAAAAACCUAUACCUAUGACCACACCGACUUUGACCAUAAUAAACCUACUUUACCGCUUAAAGCAUCGUUGUACUGCUUUCAACGAGAACUGUCCGAUUUUUUCCUAAAAUAUAUUCAUCUAACGGCUAGCAAAUAAUAUGCCUGUUUCAUGUACUACCAAUUUUUGACCAUUUAAUUGGGACCAGCCCAUGUAACGACAAUCUCCAAGGAAGUUGCUUAACCCCUUUAGACUUAACCAAGGUUAGAAAGGUUGUCCACCAGAAGGGCUUUUUGGGGAGUGAAAGAGUUAAAGUAAGGGAAAAAGUACAUCUCAUUCACAAAGUAUGUGAACAUGCAAAAAACAAUAGGAAAGUACCCCUAGACGUAAACGUCUCUUUUUUGAAUAACAUCUCAUUACUAGUAUUAGUAAUUAAUUUGAAAAGAUAUAAUUAUGUGGUGAUAUAGCUGCAACUGGAGCUCCUAUACUGUCCCUUAGGCAAAGAAAGCGGAUUCAAGAACCCGUUUAACCCAAUAGUGUGAUUGUGGGAGAAUAGUGGGAUUGUGAGAGUGGUGGCUUUUGAAGACUUGCCAGCUGAAGAUUUCAUGAGAAAAGAAGAUCCAUUUGUGGUUAUCAUGUUGAAGAAAUCGUAAACGAAAUCCAAGACAAGGGAAAAGCAGAUCUAUUUCCGGUUUGGAACCAGACAUUGAUUUUGUGGUGGAAGAUGUUUUGCAUUCUCUAUUGAUUCUUGACAUAUGGGACCAUGACAAGUUUGGCAAGGGAAGAUAAAUGUUAAAUAAACUAAACAUAAUUUAUGUAUGAAUCUACAAAUAUAAUAUAAAAUAGGGAGAGUGAUAAUUAAUGACACUUGACUGUUGGAAUAAGCUUGUUUCAUUUGACUAUGAAUGAAGAACGAACAAUUGAGGAAGAAGAUUAGGGAUCUAGGGGUUGAAAUGGUGGAGCCAACCUGCGUAAAAAGAAAAAGAGUUUUAUUAGUCACGUGUGAUACAUACACAUGAUCAAUGAAAUUAAAAGGAAAUCAUCUUAUUAAAUAAGAAUAGGAAAUAACUGAAUUAGCAUUUUUAGAAUAGUAAUUUUCCUUACAUUGUUGCUAAAGGUUUUGCUAUAUAUAUUGAAGAGACACAGAUUCGUCUUUCUUACUGUUCGGUCUGAAACACAAAAGUUGUUAUCAUGUUCUCGGAGAUGUCUGUUUACGGCAGUUACUCUAACGGAGACGGCUUCUUCGGAUCCAACGGUGGUCACGACGGUCCUCUCUUGCAACCGCCGUCGGAGAUUGAGUCUGAUGAGGGAACUGCUCUCAGAGAAUGGAGAAGACAGAAUGCAAUUCAUCUCGAGGAGAAGGAGAAGAGAGAAAAGGAGUUGUGGAACCAAAUAAUUGAGGAAGCUAAUCAAUUCAAAGAGGAGUUUCAUAAGAAGAGAGAGCAAACUUGUGAAAAUAACAAAGCAGCUAACCGGGAGAAAGAAAAGCUGUAUGUGGAGAACCAAGAGAAGUUUUACGCGGAAGCCAGCAAGAACUACUGGAAGGCAAUAGCAGAGCUAGUUCCUAAAGAGGUUCCAACUAUAGAGAAACGAAGAGGGAAGAAAGAGGAAGAUCCCAAGAAGCCUUCAAUCUCUGUGAUUCAAGGUCCAAAGCCUGACAAGCCAACCGAUCUCUCAAGAAUGAGACAGAUAUUGCUGAAGCUCAAACAGCACCCAAAGAAUGUUCAAACAAAGCCCACCGAGGCUGUUGCUGCUGCUUAAUAAGCCAUCUUUGUUUUUCAUCUUUGUGUGUUAUAUAUACAGCUGAGAUAUUGUAAGGGCACAUGUGUGGGUUAUUAUUAACAUAGUUAUGUCAUGUUGGAUG